CCCGGAGGUGACAGUUCGUGAGCGCUUUAUGUUUAAAAAAAAUGCCAUAAACGUCUCUUAAAACGAUUUUUAUGUAAUGUCGCCGCAGAUAUGCCACGAUACUGCGCAGUGAAAACAUGCAGGAACCGCGGGGGGACUGCGUCUAGACAAGAUAACAAGAGAAUUAGCUUCUAUCCAUUUCCUUUGCAAGACAAACCAAGACUUCAGAGAUGGGUGGACAACAUGAAGCGGGAGGAGUGGACCCCGAGUCGACAUCAGUAUCUGUGCAGCGAGCACUUCACAGAGGACUGCUUUGACAUCCGAUGGGGCAUUCGCUACCUGAAAAACACAGCUAUCCCAACUGUUUUUCCCUCCAUUGAAGAUGGUUGUGAGAAAGUAGCCACCAUUAAAAGAAGCCCCAAAGCUAAAUCCAGGACCUUUGACACUGAGCCCACUGGAUCUAACUCCCCUCUCAAUAAGAGGCCGCUCAUAUUGAGCAGAACAUGCAAAAAGAUCCAGUCAACUACAGUGAAUCACGUAGUUGAACAGCACACAGAGUUGACAGAUCCAAUUCAUGUAGGUGUAUUUGAGCUACCUCUUAUCUCAGACACUGGCAACUUCUGUCAUUCAAAUGUCUCAGAAAUAGAGACGACUGCUUGUGAGACACAGGGUGACUGUGGAAUGCCAAUAGCGUCCUGUCUCUCACUGUCCCCAUGCAAUGAGCUCCAUUCUGAGGAACAGGCUGACUCGACUGUGACUGUGUUGUGCUGUGAAUCGCUAGGCUCCCUCUCCAACGGCGAGACAAAUGUGGAUGCAGCUGCCCUCCAAGCAGCACUAGGCCAGGCUUUUAGCUUUGUUCCUGUGGAAAUUGUCAAGGAUGAUCCUGCAGGCUGCUUUUCAGGGGACAGAGGACCCAGUGAGGGAGAGCACAUUUCUGUUUACGAGCACUCUUACUGUAGACCGGACACGGACAAAGAUCAGCUUUGGAGUAAAAUCUUGAGUUUGCACACAAAGAUCUUGGAACUUGAUCGCAGGGAAGAGAGCACUAUGACUAAAAUCCACACUCUGGAGACUGAGAUAGCCCUCCUCAAGAGGGAUAGCGCUGUUUUUAAAGAGAAGCAGAAAGUUUUAGAAGAUUAUUUUUCAUCUGUGUUGCUCUGAUUUUGCAAGUAAUGGACCAGUGUGCACUCUGAUUGUGAAUGUACGUUUAUUUAAUUGUUACACUUGAAUCACUUUGCAAAUGUGUUACAUACUCUAAUACAUUCCAUACAUACAUAAAACACAGCAGCAGAAAUGUGUUUGAUUUUACUCAACUCUGUUGGUACUCACCUUUUGCUCUCACAUUUACAUUUUACAAUUGUAUAUCAUUUUAUGUCCACAUGGUGGCACUGUUUGACCAUCUUUAAAGGAAGUGUCUUAAAGCUUCGCAUUUUAAAGCUUUGGUUUGUUGCUAUGCGUUUCAUGUCCUGUCAGGUGUCGACAGAUUUUACAUGAUCAGAUCUCAUAUGCCAUCAAUAAUGUUUUUAACUUGAAAAAAUGAAUGUAUUUCUGUUUUUGUUAUGCAGUGCCAUCAG